AUGACAGAAGACAAUUGUUUCGUUUAUGCUUGCAUUCAGGCUGGAGUAGAUGGAGAGACUAUUGACCACAUGAGAGAAGUCAUUCGUGUUAGAGACUUUCCUCAAAGUAAAGUACAAGAAAUUUCUGACGCAACAGGUAUAGCAUUUAAUGUUACCAUUGGCUACUUCAAUGACUCAAGACAUAAUGAAAUAAAGAGAUAUAUACCAAAAGAAUGUGAAACUGUUCGAACUAUUGACUUACUUCUUGUUGAAGACCACUACAUGCUAAACGAAAGAUUACCAAUGACAACAUAUUUCGUCAGAAAUUACAAAGAAAUUCUCAAAGUUUGUGGUGGAAUGAACAUUGAGAAACAAAUGAAGAUUUAUACAAAGAGAGAAGAUAAAUAUGUAGUUCGUUAUGAUAGAACAACACCGUUAUGGGAUGUUAUGAAAACAUUGUGGGAGUGCAAAUAUUUCGAACCUAUUUCUUAUGGAGAACUUUUCACAUAUACGACUGACUUAUAUAAACAGAACCUUGCACCAUUUAAAGAUUUGACAUAUGCUCCAAAGUAUUGUGUACAACUGAAGAUGAAAGCUGAGCCAAAAGAAGUAAAUAAAAAUAAGUGCAAGUUCAUUCCUGAGCACGUUUUCUUUGCUGACUUUGAGUGUAGCACUGAUGGAGUUCAUAAAGCUUUUAACAUUUGUUAUGACAGUGAAGAUGGUUCAGUGAGUGAAAGCAUUUGGGGUCAGAACUGUGCAACAGAAUUUUUGGAACGACUUCCUGACAAGAGUUUAAUAUAUUUCCAUAACCUCAGUUAUGAUAUAAACUUCAUCUUAAGACACAUGACAGAAGUGAAAGGAACUCCCAUCAUUAAAGGUUCACGAACAAUGCAAAUAACUGGCUUAUAUAAAGGAAGGGCAAUUAUUAUAAAAGACUCUUACAGUGUUAUAAAUAAGAAGCUUAAACUAUUUCCUGAAAUGUUUCAUUUGCAGUGUGGUGAAAAGGAAGUAUUUCCAUAUAACUACUACAGCAGUGUUUUGUUAGCAAAUGACAACAGAACUGGUGUCAUUUGUGAAGCAUGUAAGUUUAUCCGGGAUGCAGAUACAUUCAUGAAAAACAUAGAUUCCAUCGAAAACUGCAGAAUAGAUGAAAACCACUUCGACUUAGAAAAGUAUAGCACAUUUUAUUGCAAACAAGAUGUAAGAAUUUUAAGAGAAGGUUUUGUUAAGUUCCGCAAUGACAUAUUGAAAGAAUUUGAUUUAAACGUUUAUGACUACGUUAGUAUUUGUUCAAUUGCUAACAAAUUAUUUGAGAACAGAGUGUACUUCCCGAAUGGAAAUUUAUAUGACCUCUCAAAUAAACCAAGAGAAUUUAUUUCACGCUGUAUUCAAGGUGGAAGAUGUAUGUUGUCAGAUAACAUUAAACAAAAGAGCGAAAAGAAACUCAUUGCUGAUUUCGACGCUGUUUCAUUAUAUCCAUCAGCUAUAGCAAGACUUUAUACUUUAGAAGGUAUACCGAAAGUAUUGAAGAAAGAAAUGUUAAGCACAGAGUAUCUCAUGAGACAUUUAUUCGAUGACGACCAAAAGGAACCCAUUGGUGAAAAGUUUAUGUCCGGCUUCUUUGUUCUCAUUAAGAUAACAGAGAUUGGAAUACAUAGACACUUUCCUUUAAUAGUUUGUGACCCUGAACUAAAUCCAGAACUUAACGUUCCCAGAAGUUCAAACACUUGCUGUUUAAUGUAUGUUGACCAUAUAACAUUACAAGACUUCAUAAAAUAUCAAGGUGUCAAAUGUUAA